AAAUAUAUAACCAGGAUUUGGUAACACGCAGCAAUACAAUCUACGAAGCCAAAUUGAAUUUGUAACCUUAAAUUCAGUCUCUUCUGAUCGAUUUCUCAUAGAUCUAUUCUCAUCUUCAGAGCACGCCAUGGCUUCGUCAUCCGAUCCCUUAAAACAGGAGGCUGUUGUUAGGAAACAAAACAAUAAAGCUCCGUUCAAGUUCCUGGUCCCUCUCAUAUAUGCUCCUGUUCUUCCUCUAAUUCGAAUCGCAUUGAGGAGGAAUCCAGUUCUAAGGGACCGGUUGUUUACUGGUGUUUUGGUUGGUGCAUUUGCUCAUGGGUUUUAUCUGGUUAAAUUUCAGCGCUGUCUUGUCUUCCUCCUGCACUUAAGCCUCUGAAAGGAAUUCAUUUAUGAAGCUAAAAGCUGUGGGUUAGAGGAGCUUGCUUCCUGGUUUUUUAACUCUGCUAUAUUUUUUCUCACUCUAUAUUGGAUUUCACAUAUAUAUUGACUUCUCUUGUAUUAUUUACUUUAAUUCUUAAGUUUCUUCUGGUCCUUCUUUGUAAACAACUGGCUGAUUUUGUGUGCCACCUCUGGCACAUCUUUAUGCAUAAAAUAUUUCUAAA